AUGGGAGGAAUGUGGAGGCGAACAGCUAAGCCGCGAGGAGAGUGGGGGAGUGAGCACAGACGGCAGCGGAAGGGGGACAGGGAUACACAACGAGAUUCCGGGGUAGUGGAAAUAACAACCGAGCGGACAGGGGGAAAGGAAAUAGGGGGGACGGGGAAUAAGGACGGGGACAAGAGCCAGCGCGGUGACGCUGAGCAGGCAAAAGGUGGAAGUAAGAAAAGACAAGAGAGAAUCCCAGUCUCUGGUGCUCUGGGGAAAAGGUACGGCCCGGAGGAGGAGGAAGAUGGGGAACGGCGAGACAGCCCAGGGGGACGCGAGCAGUUGCGUAAGAGAAAAGUCAAAGGAGGUGGCCUUCCCGCUUGGGCCUGGGUGUGCUAUAAACUCUAUAAGGACUGUGACCCUAAGAGGGCUAAGCCAAUUGCUGGAGCCCUGUCUUGCCGAUACGGGGGAAGGCGGGAAUGGGUCGUGCAGGGGAGUGGGGAACCUAGGGGCACAGGACGGGCUAGUAGGGACUGGAGCUUGGGCUAUAGUCCCGGGGGGAAAUGUGAUCAGAUGAGGUCGCCCAAGAUGGAAAUUAUAGUGAGCGGACGGUUUGGGAAAUCAGGAGAACACCACAUAAGAGGAAGAAUUGAGUUCAAUGAGCUCGUGAGAGAUGGCGUGGAAGGCGGAGAGAGUAUGAGGCAAACAGAAGUAGCUAAAGGGACUGAUUUUUGGGCCAAGGGGGUGGAGGAAGGGGCCAAGAGGCGGAGGAGAGGGGGGUGGAGGGAGAUGGUACAAGAAGGCCAGAGGGGGGGUAGGGGGAGGGGGAAAAGAGGAAAAAUAACGCUGCAAACCGAAGAUAUCCAAAGCCUCCUCAACUGCGACUUCCAGUGUCAUAAGAAUAUUGCAGAAUUGAAGUCUGGAUCCUCCCGCGUGCUGAAGGGAACUGAGGGUGUAGUUAUUCUGCAGACUCAAAAUGCCAAGCUCGGUCCUCAUCCCCUGUGA